GGACUGGGCAGCUCGGCCCAUGGCGGCGGCGGUGAGGGCUGCGGCGCGGGGCCGGCGGCUGGGCGCGCUGUGCCGGGGGCUGAGCGCCUCCCUGCCUGCGGCGAGCUACGCGGAGCUGCGGGCGCGGGCGGCGCGGGACCCGGCCGCCUUCUGGGGGCAGCAGGCGCGGGCGGCGCUGCGCUGGGACACGCCGUACAGCGCCGCCCGCCGCCCGGCGCCCGGGCCCGGCGCCACCCGCUGGUUCCUGGGCGGCCGCCUCAACGUGGCUGUAAACUGCUUAGACCAGCAUGUCCAGCAAUCUCCAGACAGAGUGGCUUUGAUCUGGGAGAAGGAUGAGCCUGGCACCGAAGUGAAAAUCACAUACAGGGAACUCCUGGACAUGACCUGCCGCCUUGCCAACACACUGAAGAAGUAUGGAAUACAAAAAGGGGACAGGGUUGCAGUCUACAUGCCUGUGUCUCCCCUGGCUGUGGCUGCUAUGUUGGCUUGUGCCAGAAUUGGUGCUGUUCACACCGUGGUCUUUGCUGGUUUCAGUGCUGAAGCUUUAGCUGGGAGGAUCAAUGACUCGGAAUGCAAAGCUGUCAUUACAUACAAUCAGGGCAUCCGGGGUGGACGAAUCAUAGAGCUGAAGAAGACUGUGGAUGAAGCUGUGAAGAAUUGCCCAAGUGUCAAGCAUGUCUUUGUGGCUCAAAGGACAGACAACACAGUCCACAUGGGUGAUCUCGAUAUCCCGCUUAAUGAAGAGAUGGCCAGGGAGGCUCCUGUAUGCAUUCCUGAAAGUAUGGAGAGUGAGGACAUGCUCUUCAUGCUUUAUACCUCUGGAAGCACAGGAAAACCCAAGGGGAUUGUUCAUACCCAGGCUGGAUAUCUGCUGUAUGCUGCUCUGACGCACAAGUAUGUCUUUGACUACCAGCAAGGUGAUAUCUUUGGCUGUGUGGCUGAUAUCGGCUGGAUCACAGGACACAGCUAUGUUGUGUAUGGACCACUCUGCAAUGGGGCCACCUCUGUACUGUUUGAGAGCACGCCUACGUACCCUGACCCAGGUCGUUACUGGGAAACCGUACAGAGGCUAAAAAUUAAUCAGUUUUAUGGAGCACCGACUGCUAUCCGUCUGCUGUUGAAAUAUGGUGAUCAGUGGGUGAAGAAGUAUGACCGAUCGUCCUUAAAAACCCUGGGGUCAGUGGGAGAACCAAUUAACCAUGAAGCUUGGCAGUGGUUCCACAAAGUAGUGGGAGAUAGCAAAUGCACCCUUGUGGACACCUGGUGGCAAACAGAGACCGGUGGUAUUUGCAUUGCUCCACGACCAUCAGAGGAAGGAGCUGAAAUAAUUCCAGCUAUGGCAAUGAGACCAUUCUUUGGGAUUGUACCUGUACUGAUGGAUGAGAACGGGAAAGUGAUAGAAGGAAAUGAUGUCUCUGGUGCUCUGUGCAUUGCGGAGCCGUGGCCUGGCAUGGCAAGAACCAUCUAUAGAGACAAUCAGAGAUUUGUAGAUGCUUAUUUCAAAACUUACCCAGGCUAUUAUUUCACAGGUGACAGUGCAUAUCGAACCAAGGAAGGAUAUUACCAGAUAACAGGGCGGAUGGAUGAUGUCAUCAAUGUCAGUGGUCACAGGCUUGGAACCGCCGAGAUUGAAGAUGCCAUGGAUGAACACCCUGCUGUGCCUGAAACAGCUGUGAUUGGUUACCCUCAUGAGAUCAAAGGAGAAGGUGCCUUUGCUUUCGUAGUGUUGAAAGAUGACACAGUUCAGACAGAACAUGUUAAACAAGAGCUCAAAGCAAUAGUUGCUUCCAAGAUAGCAAAAUAUGCAGUGCCUGAUCAUGUGCUGGUGGUGAAACGCCUUCCUAAAACCCGCUCAGGGAAAAUCAUGAGAAGGUUGCUGAAGAAAAUCAUCGCUGACGAAGGCAGCAACCUGGGAGACAUCACCACGCUGGAAGAUCCAAGUGUCAUCACAGAAAUAUUGGAUGCCUAUGAAAAAUACAAAAGUGAACAGCGGACAUCAUAAUAUGGAGUUCUGGAGUCUCUUGCCAAUGGAAAUUCAAAGGAACAUCAAGAAUCGGCCAUACAACAUAGUUCUUUUGUGGCUUGUCACCAAAUUCCUCUCAUUUGAAGGAGAACAAGAUGCUGCUGCUUCUCACAAUGUGUGGUAUGACCUAUCAUAGACACAGCUGCCCUCUCUGUUUUCUUGGAAACUGUGAAAUACCAAGAGUGAAACAUAACCUGUUAGGAAUAUCCAGGAUACCUGCCUUAAUCAAUUUGCCAUAAGAAAGUGUCUUUGCACUAUUUUAGGGAGGAUAUGGAGCAGCAUUUUGGGAUUUCCACUAGCUACAUUAAAACAACCCAUUGGUAAUGUAGCCUUGACUCUUGAGAUGGGGUUAACUUUUUGAUCCUUGAAGCAAUACUGCUUUCCAGACAUGGUAGCAGAGAAACACUUGUUCACUUUUUCAUGUUGACUUGGGCCUCCAAGUUCAAGUAGUUGUAUUUAAUAGCAACAGUUGUGCCUUUUCAGCAGUGCUGUAUACUAUAGUACAUAUUUCAUGUACAUUAUCUGUGAAAUGGGAAAGAAAAGGUUAAUGGAUUAGACAGGCUGAUUGUUAUUACAAAUUUGCUUUGGCACCCAAUUAUGCUUUUAGGCAUGGCUACACUUGGUUCAAAACAGCCAGUUUGGAAGCCAGGGAUUCCCACACUUUUCUUCAAGGUGGUGUUGCCUCCAUCCCUGUGUGAUCACUGAUAAACUUGAACCCUUCCAGAUACUGUGGAUGGUAACACUCACUUCUAGCUUACCCUAAACCCUAUGGCACUUCACAUAUCAGCGAUGUGGCUCCGUGUCAGAGGUAGAAAUUGAAACUCGAUAUCGUGGGUGUUAGCCCCAAAGCCAUUCCAUCUUUCCCCCAUCACCCCAGACCUCCUCAGUGAGCUGCUCACUUAGGUGGAUUGCAUACCAAAGCAGGAAUUCAGUCCUUCAUAGUUAGAUGUGACCUUUAGAAACUCAGACACCAGGCUGGAUUUUUUGAGAGACAGUAGGUUUUGUCUACAUGUUCAUUAAUGCGCUGUAAUGAUGAUAUAUUAGGUUUAGUACCUGUAAUAACAGGUACUAACUUAAUGUGCCAUGAUUGGUGCUACUGUGCAUUAGCACAGAUUAAUACUUUUUCUAUAACACGUAAUGCCCAUUGGACUAAUUUACUGUUCAUUAGUGCAUUAGCAUGGUUUUUGCUAGCCACACUACUGUACAGAGGAUCUGCCUGGCAGCUGUUCACCCUUGGAAAACUGGACAGGCAGGCUGCAGCUGGUAGGUGUGCCAGUGGAACAAACUCCCUGUGACCUUGGGCUAGUCUCUUCAGUACUGAGAAUUCUCAUCCCCAGAAGGAGAACCCUGCCUCACCAGUACAGCAGGACCUAAUUCUGAAAGUACUUGAGAGGGCUCAGAUAUAAGUCAGGAGACCAGGGUAUCAUUCUGUUCCUGUACCCUUGUUGGUUUCCAGUGCUAUGCAAAUGCUAGCUCACCUUUCUGUUCUACUCCCACGGGAAGGGUUAUCUGCAGAGCUGAAGGCAGAGCUCUGACUUGGGUUCCAUUGAGUGCAAGAGGAAGGCACAUACUGUUAAACAACUUGAGGAGUAUAGUCUUGGUACAGCAGGAACCAAAAGCUGAGGGAAUGGGGACAAGCUGCAAGAAAAUACUUUCUUUUAUAGCCAUGCAAAUACAUCUGAGUUGGUAUAGCUGUUUUAUUUGCAUAGUGCCUUACAUUAGGCAUUCAGGAGGGCUCACCUGCAACUGCACUGGUUGAUAAAAAAAAUUUCCCUCAUUCCUUCUGCCCAUGAAGGGGUUAAAAUACACUCUGUGGGUCUGAUCAUCUUCAUUUUUUUUAAGGGAGCUUUGCUGGUCCAAGGACUUGAUAUGGGCAUAAGCCUGCUUAGUGCUUCAUGAACAGCAUCUACAUCAAAUGUUUAAGUCAGUGGUUCUCAACCUCCUUAGGCUCAAGGCACCCCUCAGAAAAUACCAGCUUAGUUUUCACUCUAUUUUUUCACUACAGAUAAAUACUAGAGCAAUUAUUCUGUUGCAAAGAACUCAAAAAGCCUACAGUAGGGCAGAAUCGUUUUGACAUUACGGAUUCCUAUUUGAAAUCUUUGGGUUUACCUUGUGAAUCGUAUUUGCACACCUAACAGUGCUCACCUUGCAUGUCCUAUUAUGCCAUGCUUAAAAGGAUCUCAAGGCAGCCCAGGUUUCUGCAGCACCUGGUUGAAAAUCAUUAAGUGAUGCCAUUGUUGCUGUGGGCCAUUUGGAGCUGUUAAGCUGCGUUUUGGAACCCUAGCACAGACCUCACUUGGGCUAAACCAGGACUGGCUUUACAAAGGGACACAUGAUUGGUCAGCGCUCAAUCCCUGAAACCAACCACACCCUGAGUUGCAGACUAAACGGCACAUUUUGUCUGCAACACUAUGGAGAGGAUAGCUGUGAGCUGCUAGGCCACAAGGGGCUAUGAUGCCAGGUCACUGACUGUGGAAGCAAAGCUCCAGCAGUUAUGGUGGAAUCUGCCUUCUCAGACCACAGUCUGCCUGUUUCACAUAACUCAUGGUUUGUAGAUGAGAGUGAACUUUGUACCUUUGCAUAUCAGAAAAACAGACAAGUUUAUUGUCACUAGUGGCUGCAAUUCUAAUGCAGCACAGUUAGUAAGAUCACUCCUGUCUGGAGCAGUUCUUCAGAGUAUUCCCACUCUGAAGCAGGACAAGCUGAGUGUGACACUCCUUUCAUCCCUGAUAGAUCCCCCCCAGAUCCCUGGGAAUCCCCAGGGACAAGAGGCCAGAGGUUCAGAGGUGCUCCCCUUUAACAGUUUGAAAUCAACAGUAGGCUAGGACUGCUCCCAGAAAUGUCCUUCCCAUAUUGUGUAAAUAUGCAACAGGCAAAAUUCUAUUUUGGUUCUGAUCUCCUAGCAGAUACGUUGCCAGCAUAAACUGCAGCCCCAAAGUAAGGCAGAGUUUUACACUUAAUAUACAUGAAAUACUAUGCAACUCCCUAUUGCCUUGGUGCCACAGGGAUACUGGUUUUCCCUGAUUUAAAAAAAUCCCCAGUUUUCAUAUUAAAAAAGUAACCCCAAAUCCACAUUUGUCCAUGACUAAAAUGAAACACCUCUCGAUAUAUAGCAGUAUAUUAGCAGUGUUUCAUUUUAAUCACAGAAAAAUGUGGAUUUGGGGUUACUUUUUCUAAUCUGAAAAUUGGGGAUUUUUUUAAAUCUGAGAAAACCAGUAUCCCUUCUAAUUAAAAUGUAUGCUCUGACUUGCAACACAGGCAGGGAUGAAGGAUAAUACCCCUGAUCUUUCAGCAUGCUUUAGCCUUGGUUCUGAAAGCUGCUCUGUGUAGGCCAGUGGUCACACUCACACAACCCCACUGAAGUCAGUGGGGUUUCAGGAUGGUUUGUCUACCUGGCUCAGGUUCCAGGAUCAGAGCCCUCAAAUGUACUUAUUUCCUUCCCUAGAAUAUUAGAUUAUAUGAAGCUUCCAAAGUCCUUAGGCCUUUCUGUGCUUGGGACCGAUCCCAGAGGGGAAUAGCUGGGUACAAGAAAUACAUUGGAAAAUGGGAGAACAGCACAGAUCUACUAUAAAAUCAAAGCAAAGGUACCAGGAUCUUUUACAUGCCGUAUGGUGCAAAAUAAGCUCUUGGACUUUUGAUGUGCAAAAAAAAAAAAAAAAAAAUUGUUGUAGCUGAUGUAUCAUCAAAGAACAAGAUUCUAAGUCACUUUGAUACUUUGUUUUUUUUAAUUGAAGGGACAACAGGAAAUGAAAAAAGAAAAUUAAGGCUUUGCAUUGUCUACAAAUUCUGGGUCUAGCCUUAGAGCCUAGUAGUAACAAAAUGUUUCCUGUUAACCCAUGUGUUUAUGUCCAGCUUGCACCUGUUUAAUUUCUCCACUCUUUCUGCCAAUGACUUUUAGCCAUGCUGCCUUUUUCCUACUGUAGGCAUAAAUGUUUAUAAUGUACCAAUGACAGAGAUCAUGAUUCUGUUACACUUACUGGAGAAAAAUCUUUGUUUUUUUUUUUUUACAGAUGAGAGGUAAAUACAGAACAGAUUAGCAAAAAACAUAGGAUUUCUGGUCCUAAUGCUCAGUUUUGCCUUGACUGAUUAUUUAGGUCUGGUUAUACAUUACAUGCUUUUCAAAAUAAAAGGGCAUUUAUACACAUGCUCCAGGAAGCAGGGGAGGGGGGCUUUAAUUAGAGCAGGUCCAAGAGCUGCUCUGAUUAAAACUUCAGGAGCAUCAUGUGUAUCAGCAUCCCUGCACUGGAAAAUGGUGGUGGGGGUGAUUUAACUAAAGCUUAUUGAACAAGCUUUAGUUAAAGCACCCCCACUGCCAUUUUUCAGUGUGGGGAUGCUGAUGCAUAUGACGCUGGAGUCUGAUAGAGUGCAGUAAUUACAACACUCCAGCAGCCUUGAUUAAUUGAGUCUGCUCUGACACACUGCAAUCUAUACACACUGCAUGUGUAUAGGCGCCCAAACGUAUGAGAUCAAAAUGAAUUAAACCGCAAUCCAAGCAACAAAUCUGCUGCUAAAAUUGCAUCUCCACCACAAAACUUUCACUGCAAAACAGAGCUAGAAAAGGGGAGGAGUUCUUGUUCUGACUUUGGACUUAUUUCUAGUGAAAAAACAAUAAAGUGAAUUAAUUUGAAGCUA